GAGGAGCAGGGAGGGGGGAACCAGGAGGAAGGGGAGAGAUUAGGCAGCCAUCAAUCUCCUGUUUCUCCCAGAACAGGUGAUGCUUCUAAAUUGUGACCACUUUGUGGAGGCAGCACUGCAGCUGGAAGAAUGCGAGCAACCUAGGGCACGGGGCCUGGGGCGGCAUAUCUGAACUUGCGCGGGAGGAAACCCCAAACUCGGGCUCCAUCAGCCCGCAUCGCGCGCGUGAAACCAAGGCCGGGUUGUUAUUAUUAUUCUUUAUUUUUUUUUCCAAGAGACUCAAACUUCAGCACUUGAUCCCUUUUCUUGGAUUGCUUUCAAGGAGACGGCUUGGUGGCAGCGUUGGGAGCAGUCGUGACUGUGUUGUAACUCUUAAUUUUAAAGAGACAGUAGAGGAUCAGACUUUGUAAAUGUUUGGGAUUCAAGAUACUUUAGGACGAGGACCAGCUCUGAAAGAGAAAUCGCUGGGCGCGGAGAUGGAUUCGGUGCGGUCCUGGGUCCGGAACGUCGGCGUGGUGGACGCCAAUGUCGCGGCGCAGAGCGGGGUUGCCCUGUCCCGGGCCCACUUUGAGAAGCAGCCUCCCUCUAACCUGAGGAAGUCCAACUUCUUCCAUUUCGUCCUGGCGCUGUACGACAGGCAGGGGCAGCCGGUGGAGAUCGAGCGCACAGCCUUCGUGGACUUUGUGGAAAACGACAAAGAGCAAGGCAACGAGAAAACCAACAACGGCACCCACUACAAGUUACAGCUGCUCUACAGCAACGGCGUCCGCACGGAGCAGGACCUCUACGUCAGGCUCAUUGACUCCGUCACCAAGCAGCCCAUAGCCUACGAGGGCCAGAAUAAGAAUCCGGAAAUGUGCCGAGUUCUCCUGACGCACGAAGUCAUGUGCAGUCGAUGCUGUGAAAAGAAAAGCUGUGGAAACAGAAACGAGACGCCCUCGGACCCUGUGAUCAUUGACAGAUUCUUUUUAAAAUUUUUCCUCAAGUGCAAUCAGAAUUGUUUGAAAACAGCAGGAAACCCAAGGGACAUGAGACGGUUUCAGGUUGUGUUGUCAACAACAGUCAAUGUGGAUGGACAUGUGUUGGCUGUUUCUGACAACAUGUUUGUUCACAACAACUCCAAGCAUGGACGGAGAGCAAGAAGACUUGACCCAUCGGAAGCCACCCCCUGCAUCAAAGCCAUUAGCCCAAGUGAAGGCUGGACCACAGGAGGAGCCAUGGUCAUCAUUAUUGGGGACAACUUUUUUGAUGGCCUCCAAGUAGUGUUUGGAACCAUGCUUGUAUGGAGUGAGCUAAUAACCCCUCAUGCCAUCCGAGUGCAGACUCCUCCUCGGCACAUCCCUGGAGUAGUAGAAGUGACAUUAUCUUACAAAUCCAAACAGUUCUGCAAAGGAGCCCCAGGAAGGUUUAUUUACACAGCUUUAAAUGAACCGACCAUUGACUAUGGCUUCCAGAGACUGCAGAAAGUCAUCCCAAGGCAUCCUGGAGACCCGGAGAGAUUAGCCAAGGAAAUGCUGUUGAAAAGAGCUGCAGAUCUGGUGGAAGCUCUUUACGGCACACCACACAAUAACCAGGAUAUCAUUUUGAAGCGAGCUGCAGACAUUGCUGAAGCCCUCUACAGUGUCCCUAGGAAUCCUGGUCAGAUUCCAGCCCUCUCCAGCUCCCCAGCUCACAGUGGCAUGAUGGGAAUCAAUUCCUAUGGCAGCCAGCUUGGGGUCAGCAUCUCAGAGUCAACUCAAGGAAAUAAUCAAGGAUACAUCCGCAACACAAGCAGCAUCUCUCCACGGGGAUACUCUUCGAGCUCUACACCUCAGCAGUCUAACUACAGUACCUCCAGCAAUAGUAUGAAUGGUUACAGCAACGUCCCCAUGGCCAAUCUGGGCGUCCCAGGGUCACCAGGCUUUCUCAACGGCUCACCCACAGGCUCCCCUUAUGGAAUCAUGUCGUCAAGUCCCACCGUUGGAUCCUCCAGCACAUCCUCCAUCCUCCCGUUUUCCUCUUCAGUUUUUCCUGCUGUCAAACAGAAGAGUGCCUUUGCCCCUGUCAUCAGGCCCCAAGGCUCCCCUUCGCCAGCCUGCUCCAGUGGCAAUGGAAAUGGAUUCAGAGCCAUGACCGGACUUGUCGUACCCCCAAUGUAAAGAAGAGGAAGAACUGCUUUCCUAUAGCACAAAACGACUUACUCUGAUGGACCAAUAAAGAGAAAGCACUAUGAGCUCUUUGGGAGAAUUAUGCCCCAAAUGAACAUGCUGGGCAGAUCUGGGUGUACAAGGAGCUGGCAUCUUACUUGGUCUCACUUUCUUCCUGUAGCGCUGAUGGCAGCUACACAAACUGACCCUCUUGGGGACAAGGACAAAUGAUGUCAUUGGCGUGGUCAGUGCUAAGAGCAGAAAUGCAAUUCUUUGUUAUGAACAUUAUGAAAACCACCUUCCUAUGUUUGUAAAAUAUUUAAGAAAAAAAUUGGCAAACAAUUCAUGCUUAAUAUUUUGGAUACUAUUUGUUUUUCUUUGUAGGAAAAAAAAGUUGAAAGUUUCUAUUUUCUAUGAAGCCUUUCAGAUACCAAUUUAGUUUAUGCAGAAAAAAAUUGAACAAAACAGGGUACCAGCAUGGAAGACUUUCUUAAAACGAAACCUGAAUUGAAUGAUGAAAUGUU